AUGUCCGGCGUCUCGUCGUCAGCCAUGAACCCCCCGGGACAGGGAAAUCGCCAGUCUGCCCGCCAAACACGUACAAAUCCAUCUCGAACCUCCAAAACUAUCGGACGGUCCUCCUUCGCUUUCGGCCGGGGCUCGACAGCUGAAAUUCCUUCCACACCCCCUGUCCCUCACGGCUUUUAUCCUGCGCUCACGCAUUUCACCGAUGCUAUAACUGCGCUUCCGCGCGAGUUCCGUCGUCACAACUCCUUAUUGAAGGAGGUUGAUGCGAAGGCAUGGGCUUUGGAGGAAAAUUUGCUGCAGUUACUCCAGUUCGCUAACCAGUCGGAGCCCGUCCCUCACCCUCCGCACCCGGCGCCUAUAGUCGGGGGUGUGAUUCGGGAGGAUGCUUUGCCCAAGAAGCUAUCCCAGUCCCCCGAAACGUCCGAGAGCAAAAGUCGCCGACUACUUUUCGAUCGCGUCCGCCAGAACCUCUCGGACCUGAUGAUGACUGCCGAUGAGAAGAAUCACGUCAUCUCGAACGCGAACGAGGAAUUGGACCGUCAGGUUAUCCGUUUGGAUACGGUGUUCCCGUACAUUGCGGGCGAGAUCAGCGAAGAAGCUCGUCUGGGCAGUCUGACACACUGGGCAUACUCUAAUAAAAGUGCCGCAAAGGCAGCGACCAACGAGCGACCGCGUCGGGAAGCGGUAGCACAAAGACAGGACCUGUCGCACGUGCUUCAAGAGGCUGAGGCUGCCAGUCGCAGUGAGGCGCGGCGUGAUGCUGUCAUGGCGCGUAAGCAACGUCGGGCGCAGGCCGAUGCGGACUAUGAGGACACGCGCAGCUCCGGCACCCGCAAGAACAAUAAUGGGAGAUCUCGCGGCGGAGACCAUGCUGACUCGAGUGCUGCACCCAAGCGCCGGAAGGUGGAACGUCCAGUACCAGUCGAAACUAGCGUUGCGAUGGACCGAUCUGCCAGUGGUGCGGGGAGUCAGAGAGCAGCAAAUAAAGAUACCGCGGAGAAGAAGAGGUCUCGCGCUCCCAAUGCCAACUCUGCUGCGCGCAAGAAGGCCAACACUUCCAAUGCCGCAUCACCUGUUCUGGCGCCUUCACCCUUGGUCGGCACGUUCAAUGCCCCACGGGGUGCCGCUAGUCCAGGACCCAGCACAGCAAGGCCACAAUCUUCACGAGCCCAGCAGAACACCGGGGCGACAAGCAAUUCGCGCGCACGUCCGUCAUCAUCAGCUUCAAACCUCGCCAACAACAGUAUGCCGCUUCAACCACCUUCCCUGGAUCCAUCCAUUAACCACAUUCCCCGCGCAGACAAAAUCGCCGAUUCCAGGUCUGUACCCGGGAAAGGACCCGUCAAGAACGAGUUCCACGGAGACCCCCACCGCGACUACGAGGCCGACACCCACGCCAGGGCAUCGGCAGCAGCAAGUUCCAAGCGCGAGGAUCGGGAGGGUAAAUCCGGAUCUGCCGAAGCCGAGACGACCAAGGGCCGCAAUUCCAAGACAUCAACACCCGUGCUCGCCGCAUUCUCAGAACCAAGUUCCCGCGCCCGGCCCACGCGAAGUCAAGACCCGGCGUCUGGCAAGCGCACGCAGAAGAAGCCGAUCCCGCAGCCUACUAUACCCUCUGACGACGAGUCGCUCCAUGAAGGCGAUGAUGAAGACGAGGAGGGCGAGCCAAGGUACUGCUACUGUAAUGAAAUCAGUUUCGGUGAGAUGGUGGCUUGCGAUAAUGAUGCUUGUCCGCGUGAAUGGUUCCAUUUGUCGUGUGUGGGCUUGACGAAACCGCCUGGGAAGAAUGUCAAAUGGUUCUGUAAUGAGUGUAAGGAAAAUAUGAGACGGGGUCGCAAUGGGCGGUGA